GCAGCUGCUUCGGUCCCUUCUGUGACGGCCUUAUAUGAGUAUUUACAAGACCUCAAAGUAGAAGACAGUUCAAUUACAUGGCCUGAGUCCCCUCCCACUACCAAGGGCAGCAUCUGGAAACUUAAGCGUCGGCCGGGCCCAGGAGGUGCGCAGCAGCGUCUUUGGACAAUGGACUGUCCUAACCUGGUCGACAUGGGAAACAGCAGGAGCCCGGUCCUGGGGGAGAGACUUUUUUCGCCGCACGUGUGCACGGCCACAGACCUCAACCUGUGCCACAUCUACAGUGACCUGCGAGUAUGGAAUGACUUCCUCUGCGUCGUUGACCUGGAGCUGAGGGAGGAGCCUCCGUCACAGCUGUACCUGGUUUCGAUGGGGCACUUCCCUCCCCAACCAGACACCGAGAGAAUGCAACACGAAGCCCUUACCCUCGUCUACUUCCUCUUGAACAAACAUGGCUGCGUCCAUGCCUUCCGCAUGAAACCCUGGUUCUACUAUCUCGAGUACAAGAAGGUGAUUGGCGUCAGCCCCCUUCGAUGCUUAGCACUCAAAUGCCUGGCUCUUGAUUUCGCCUCCAGAUGUCCGGAGCUCGAUGACUUGACUUUCGACAUACCUUUCUUGAAGCUCGUGGAGCUGCAGUGCCACGUGGACGAACGCCCCGAGCAUCUCACUGAGGCGCUCUGCUUGCUUCUGUCGACGUCAUCGUCACUCAAGACGCUCGACUUGUGCAACUGGAACUUCACGGCCGACGAGGCCGAACGCGUCUUGGAUGCGCUCAUGCUGAACACCACGUUGACGGCGCUUUUUGUGAACACCACUCUGACCAUGCACAGAAACGAGAAUUGCGGCAGGAAUUUUGCGCACUUCAUACGAAGCAACUCGACACUCACGGCACUUGGGAUUCGCAAUAGCAACUGGAAGGGGUGGGACGAUUUCACGCUGUUCGUCAGUGCCCUGAAUGAUAACCGUUCUCUUCUUAACGUGUCGUUGGAAGGUUUCAUCAUUGACUUAAAGGCUGCCGCUGCGCUUGAAACGCUGCUCAAAGAAAAUCUGACCAUCCAAAGCUUAAGCCUUUCAGACUGCGUGUGGUUCGAGUUUGCUGAGAACCCUGGAUGCAGCGAGAACUAUAUCCAAGAGCUGCCAGAAUACUUCCGCCCGUUCACUCAGCUUCUGCGGCAGAACCAUCCACUGCGAGAGCUGGGGGUGACGUUGCUCUCGCUUACCCCUGUCCAGUGUGUGGCAUUUUUUAUGGAGUUGAUAAAGGUUACAAGGUUGUCAAGACUAACCAUCGAAGUGGGAAAUCUACGCCGCACCUCACGAGUUGGCUCGAAGAAGAUGCGUCAAGUAGGCACCAAUAGUAGUGCAGUUUCUCCUUGCAAGCACUCAUCGGAGAUUGUCGUGUGGCUACGCGAGAGGAAAGACGUGAUUUGGUUAGGCUCUGCCUUGCCAGCAAUUCACUCUUGCAGCCACAUCACAAGCGCCAAAAUUAGGCUUACCUAUCAGAAGGAAGCGAUCUCACUGGCUGCCAAGUACAUAGAAUCAGCUAGCGCACUGAGAGAGCUUACGCUUCUGUUACCUCAGUGUAGCAGUGUACAGGAAAGCACUGCAUCGGAAUGGCGCAAGAUCAUACUGGGAGCACUUUUGCGCAACAAGAACGUGCGAAAGCUGUGCCUGAGGCACGUGAUCUGCAGUGAUCAGGAUGCUUCUGUGAUGGCAAGCAUCAUCAAGUCCAGUGAGAAUCUACACGAUCUCCGCAUCGGCGCUUCUGCUGCAGUCAACCAAGCGUUCUUGGGUCAUUUGCUGCCGGGAUUUUAUCACAAGUUCACGCUCGUUUUUCUCCACUUUUUCGUGGAGCCGGUAGAGUGGUCGCCGCACUGCAUCACUGUCAGGGAGAUCGUCCGCCGCAACUUGAGUAUGGUGAAUCGCGCUGCGCACUACGUGCUGGGAAAUCGCAGCCGCUGCUGCCUAGAAGCCCUUGAGCCGGUUGCGUCAAACCCGGCACUGCUUGAAAAAAUCAGCCAGCUAGCGUCCGUGAGCGAGCAAGAAGCCGCGAAGAAAGUGCUAGAAAGCGUCCAGGGCCUACAGAGCUUGGACGACUUCAUGCGGGCGGCGGGCGUAGUCAAGGAGAGGGUCUGCUGCGGAACCCGUGAAGAUGGCAAGCUGCAGUUGGAUGACCUCAACGAGUACUGCUGGCGGAGCGUGAGGCAAUACUUGAACGUGGCAGAUGUGGUGCAUGCUUGACUUGAAAUGGCCCGAGCUGACCAAGCUGACCAGCAUAUAUCCUUUGCAUGCUCUUCGCUCAUUCUGUACCGCUUGACCUCGAGCAAAUAAAAGUCUC